AUGGUUCUUGGAGGCAACUACAUUGCGCUGGGAGCAUCCAAUAACCAGGUAGAUCUUGCCAAAAUCCGCCAUUAUGGUUUAUGGAUGUUCCUGCUACUCAACAUUGCCAUCUUCUUGCGCUUGUCCUAUUCAUUAUGGAACAUCAGGACAUCCACGGCGCCUUUUAUAGAUUUGAACGUCACAAACUUUGAGCAACACCUCCAGCCUAUGGAUUUUGCGAAUGCCUCGGCUGUUUUCAACGAGGUGUAUGAUGUUUUGAGGCAGAAGAAUGCGGACAUCAAUCCCAUCAGUGUCAGUUUUAUCCCAGCCUAUAUCCCAGAAGGUACCCUAUUAUACCACUCUAACCACCGUGGCCAGCCUCCAAAGUCGGUUGAAUGGGUUGCCAUGGACUAUGAGUUCAGCUAUAAUUUCGCGCAUCUGAGUAGGAACAGGCCAAGAAAAGGCCAUGGUCCCGGAGGUCCUGGUGGCCCUGGUGGCCCUCCUCCAAACUUCAAACCACCGGGAGGUAAAAGUCCAUCUCAUGGUGACCAUCCGCCCAACUUUGAUGGUCCCUCAUCUUUGUUCACAUUCCAGGUUACCAAGCCUCUGGAUAAAGUCAUUGUUUUUGGGGGUGCGUCGGCUUCCAAAUCCCUAACAGGAGAAAUGGACACACAAUUUGUUUUGUCUCAGGUUGCAGAUUACGACGAUUUCGAUGAGCGUAUUGCUGCUGAUAAGAUCUGCGCAUGGGGAAAGAAACACGGAGGUCUUGACGGAUAUGUGCGUCUGGAGGUUGGCUUUGAAAUGGUGAUCUGCGAUUUCGAAGAAAAAAUGGUUCCAAUUUCUAAUGUGUCGUUGGCAAAUGCAACAGAGUUUAUCGACUUCCCUCCAGAAAAGUUUGCAGCUCUUGACAAGAGAGAGGAUCUGAAUGCCGAGAGAAGUGCGGUCAUUGACGUUGUCGACGCAAUGUCGGGAUUUGAGCACUAUCUCGCUGGUGCAAGGGCUUAUGAUGGUGACAAGCGGAUUCUACUUGACUUCUCGAAGUUUGUGACUCCGCUCAACAGAACAUUCAUUCAUCCGGAUCCGUAUCUCAGACGGAUCCAUAACAUCUCGUCGGAGCUAAAAACCGAACUGGUCAACUCAGUGGAAGAGAUGCUGUCAACACCAAAUGAUCCAUACGGCUCUACAAACUGGCAGGUGGUCACUGAUUAUAUUGUUGACAAGUUUGCGCCAAUGCUUGUCAAUAUAAACUCGUCCUUUGCUCUUUACGGCCAGCACGAGAACUAUCAGACACUGGGAACUAACCUUACUGCUUAUACCUACAAUUUCAUCAGGCGAUACUUGAGCGAACCUGACCACGAGCUGCUUCCAAAACAUCGCGCAAUGGCUAUUUGGGAUUAUUCUCAUCCAUACCAGCCUUUGAAAUCGACAGCAGACUUUUUCGUCUGGAACGCUAUUACCAUUGUUCAAUCGAAAAUAGUGGACACACUAUACGACUGCUUCACCCUGAGCAAGACGCUGCUAUCGCCAUUGACAGGGACUACGCUUCCUGAGGACAUAGAUGAUCAGAUUCUGAAGGUCAAAUCUGAGCUAUCUGGUCUCCUUGAAAGUUUACAUUGGGCUUACUACUACAGAUGCUCCCAGAGCUGCAACUUUGACGAGCUUUGUUUCGUCCCUACCUGGGGACCAUCCCCACUUGGUUUCAGCAAUGCCAACUCCACUGGGUUGUAUGAUGACGGAACUGGAAGAGUAAGAAUUGAAAAGGAGCUUAGAUGCAUCAACUACGAUUUACUUCUUCACAACAAACGUGGUUGA